AUGGAAUCAACACUUGACGAUAAUGCAUCUACCAAUUUGCCCGCAACAACUGCACCAAGUUCUACUCGUAUGCGAAAAAUCAUUCUCCCAAAGAAAUUUACAAAAAUAGAAUACCUCAGACCAAUAAUACAAUUAGAUAUUGAUGACACUUUGGUUAAAUUUGGUGAGAAAAUACGAGGUCGAUGGCUUAUUAAAGGAUUAAUUGGUAGCGGUGGAUAUGGAGAGAUAUAUUAUGCAUUGGAUUUGAAAAUGAAAGGUGAAUCAGUGGCUGUUAAAGUGGAACCUGUAAUAAGAAAAGGGAAAGUAGCUAAACGAAUGAUUCUGGAGCAGAAAAUAAUGUUACGUUUGCAAGGCCGACCACAUGCACCGUUAAUGUGGGGUUCCGGAACGGAAUGUGGUAUAAAUUAUAUUGUGAUGCAAUUACUAUCAGCGAAUGUAGGAGAUCUAAGAAAACGAUGUCCCUUGCAGCGAUUAUCAAAGGCUACCUCAGGACGAAUCAUGCAACAAGCUAUAGCUGGCCUUCGAGACAUUCAUAAAAUAGGAUAUAUUCAUAGAGAUGUGAAACCAGCCAAUAUGUGUUUCGGUCUGACUGAAAAAAGCAAUCGACGAUUGAUCAUUGUGGAUUAUGGUUUGGUGAGAAGGUUUCGGCAAUCGGAUGGAAAACCAAUAGAAAGACGAAAACGAGCUGGUUUCCGUGGAACAUUACGUUAUGUAUCAAUGCGUGUACAUGAUCGAAUGGAGCAAGGACCAUCAGAUGAUUUGAUAGCACUUUUUUUCACGCUUAUUGAAAUACUUAAAGGUGAAUUACCGUGGAGGAAUGAGGAAAGUGAUGAAAAAAUGAAAAGAGCUAAAAUGGAAUUGAUGAAAGAUGAUUUCGUGAAAUUAUCCGAAAAUUUUGGCUUUAGUGUACGUGAAUAUGGUCGAGCAGUAAUGACAUUGGCUGUAGAUGCUGAACCUAAUUAUACAUUUUUAAUUUCAACCAUGAAGAAAUUAGCUGGUAAUCGACAUUUAAACGAUCCAUAUGAUUGGGAAAAUGAUUAUCUGGAAGUAUUAAAGGAAUAUAAAUGA